AUAAAGUCAAUCGAGAUAUCUUUUAGUCUGGUUAAUUCUAGUCUUUAUUUUUUUUUAAUUGAUACUUCGUAUUCAACAGGCAGGCGUCGGAUAGAGCCGACAAAAACCAUCUUUCAGCAGGAUAACGAUCCAAAGGAUAGAGCGAAUUUGGUUGAAAAAUGGUUAUCCCAGCAACCGUUUGAGGUAAUGCAGUGA